AAUCUAGUUGGAAAAAACAAAUAUACCCCGACCGAAAUAUUUCUACUCUAAACAUACCUACAAUAAAUAUUAGUAGCAAUGAGACUGAAGAAUGCAAAGCUUUUGAUAUACAUUUUCUCAUUUUUGAAAUUGAUGGUGUAUUUUGUAAACUUGAUGAUGGAAAAAUAGUAGGAGAUUUUGCUUUAGAAUUAGAAGCAUAUUUU